AUGGUCACCCGCAUUGCAACAGCUGCUGCCGUUUUCGGCGCCGGUGCCCCUCUGGCGCUGGCCCAGGGCUCCAUCUCCGCGGCGGCAGCCGCUGAAGGACUCGUGCACACUGCGGCGGGAUAUGCCCUCUCACCAGCUGUUGUUGGCCUGCUCUCAACGGCGGGCCCUGCGUGCUUCUUCUUUUUGCAAAUCAGCGGCGCUGCUCCGAUUCGUCAGAUCAUGCGUGAGAAGACGACCGGCCAGUUCAGCCUCUUGCCCUUCAUCUCCCUCUUUACCAACUGCGUCAUCUGGACGUGGUACGGCCACCUCCUGCAGGACCCCACGCUCUUCUACUCCAACCUGGUCGGCGUCGGUGCCGGCGCCGCCUACACGGCCAUCUACCUGAAGCACGCCACCACCUCCCAUGCCCCGAUGCUGCUGGGCAGUGCUGCCCUGUGCAGCUCUGUCACGGCCGGUGCUCUCAUGCUCCCGGCGGAACAGGUGGCCCCGUACAUUGGCUACCUUGGUGACAUCAUCGCCGUCGUCCUCAUGGCGUCGCCCCUCGCCGUCAUGAAGACGGUGCUCCAGGAGCGCAGCACCCGUGCCAUGCCCUUUGUCCCCUCGCUCGCCACCUUCUUCAACGCCGUCUGCUGGUCUGGCUAUGGCAUUUUCGUGAUGGGUGACCCUCUGAUCAUCGCCCCAAACAUGCUCGGUGCGCUUGCCGCGACGGUGCAGCUCAGCCUCUUUGCCCGCUUUGGCAUCAACAAGUAA